UUUCUGACUGUAGACGUGUCAUAAGAGAGUCUGUAACAUGGCUGCUGCAGCUUCAUCUCUGGACGAGGAGCUCUGCUGUGCUGUUUGCUCAGACAUCUUCAAGGAUCCUGUCGUCCUGAAGUGCAGCCACAGCUUCUGUAGAGUCUGUCUGCAGAGGUGCUGGGAAGGGAAGAGCAUUCGGGAGUGUCCAUUAUGCAGGAGGAAGUCCUCCGUGGACGAUCCUCCUGUUAGCGUGGUCUUAAGGAACAUUGUGGAGUCAUAUUUACAGCAAAGGAGUGUUAGAAAUGUGGCAGAGAAGAGUGGAGUUCCAAAGAAGAAUGAAGCUCCUGAGAAGAGUGAAUCUCACUGCAGUCUCCAUGGAGAGAAGCUUCUACUCUUCUGUGUAGAAGACCAGGAGCCCAUCUGUGUGGUCUGUCAGACUGCAAGGAAACACACAGACCACCGGAUCUGCCCCCUGGAAGAAGCUGUAGAGGAUAAGAAGGCGGACCUAAGAGCUUCUCUGAUCCCAUUAAAGGAAAAGCUGGAGAAGCUUACAAAAGUUAAACAAGAGUCUGAGAAAACAGCCAAACACAUCAAGAGUCAGUCCCAGCACACUGAGAAGAGGAUCAAGGAGGAAUUUGAGGAACUCCAUCAGUUCCUGAGAGAGGAAGAGGAGGCAAGACUGGCUAUACUGAGAGUGGAAGAGAAGGAGAAGAGUGAGAAGAUGAAGGAGAAGAUAGAGAACAUCUCCAAACAGGUCUCCACCUUGACAGAGAAGAUCAGAGACGUUGAGAAGGCCAUGGGAGCUGAGGACAUCUCCUUCCUGAAGACCAUCAGCGACACCAAAGAAAAAGCCCAGUGCUCACUGCAGGACCCAGAGCUGGAGUCAGGGGCACUGAUAGAUGUGGUCAAACACCUGGGAUCUCUGAAGUUCAGAAUCUGGGAGAAGAUGAUGGAGACAGUACAGUACACUCCUGUGACUCUGGACCCAAACACUGCAGCCCCCCAGCUCUCAGUGUCUGAUGAUCUGAUCAGUGUGAGAGACACUGGAGUUAUUCAGCAACUUCCUAACAACCCAGAGAGAUUCUCUGUGUGUGUGUGUGUGCUGGGAAAUAAGGGGUUUAUCUCAGGAAAACACAGCUGGGAGGUGGAGGUGGGGGACAAACCUGAGUGGGAUGUAGGAGUGGCAGCAGAGUUUGUUAGCAGGAAGGGGGAGAUUACAUACAAGCCAGAGAAUGGAUUCUGGGUUGUAGCUCUGAGGAAAGGUGACGUGUAUACAGCAUGCGAUUCACCAUCAACCUGCCUGAGACUGAAGACGAAACCGCAGAGGACCAGAGUGCAGCUGGACUAUGACAGGGGGCAGGUGUCCUUCUUCAACCCCACUGACAUGUCACUCAUCCACACCUUUAAAGGCACAUUCACUGGGAGACUGUUUCCAUAUUUCUCUCCACAUGUAAAUAAUGAUGGCAGUAACCCUGGAUCCCUGAAGAUCUGCCCAGUAAAGGUGUCUGUCACAGUGACAUCAUCCCAGUAAAGGUGUCUGUGACGGUGAUGUCAUCCCAGUAAAGGUGUCUGUGACGGUGAUGUCAUCCCAGUGAAGGUGUCUGUGACGGUGAUGUCAUCCCAGUGAAGGUGUCUGUGACGGUGACGUCAUCCCAGUGAAGGUGUCUGUGACGGUGACGUCAUCCCAGUAAAGGUGUCUGUCACAGUGACAUCAUCCCAGUAAAGGUGCCUGUGACAGUGAUGUCAUCAUUUUAUGUGUCUCAUAGGAAGGCAGGACUGGAUAUAAUUAAAAUCAAAGAAUUUCUGUGUAAAAAUAAAGGUGCCUGAGCUCAUUAUCACAUGAUCUGGGCCCUCAGUAAUACACACCUGUAAGUACAGGCUAAUUUUUAGUUUGUGUCUAAUAAUUACUGACGUAUAGCAAUGGGGUGACUGGUUUUCUAAGCAUUUCACAAUAAACCCUGUUUAAUAAACCUC